AUGAAGCAGAUUACUUUUAGCACUCUGGCUCUGGCCAUUCUACCUUUUACCACAUGCCUUGAGCUCUGCCCUCCUACGGGCCCAGCACUACCACCUCCAGUCCUACCAAAAGCCGAUAGUUUUGAUGUCGGACCACUUACGGAUGCUUUGACGAAACUUGUCACUGGUCCGCAUGCGCCUUUCAAUACGAGCAUCAACUCGUUCUCUUUGACUGUUACAACUUUGGAGGAUAACAUCUUCCAAUUUCAUCACACUGCAGAAAUCAUCAGCGACACUGGUGCGUCAACUGUGGAUGGAGACACAAUUUAUCGUAUUGCGUCUGUCACCAAACUCUUUACUGUGCUAUCACUCUUGCUUCAGGAAGGCUUGGACAUGGACGAUUACGUCUGGCAACAUGUACCUGAACUGGCUGGAUUCAAGGACUAUGAGGACACUACGCUGAGGAUGCUAGCUAGCCACCUUUCAGGAGUCAUACGAGAUGGAUACAAUGCCGAAAUUGCUCCAAGAGCACCACAGGAGGUUCUGUCCUCUCUCGGGUUUCCCAAUAUAGCCCUCCCUUUAGAUUAUCCGACCUGUGACAGUAUAGGAACGCCCAAGUGCUCCCGAGCCGAAUUCAUCUCGGGCAUCACCAGAGAGCCCUUGGUUUGGCUGCCGGGGAACACGCCAACCUAUUCAAACUAUGCAUUCGUUCUCUUGGGCUAUGCCGCAGAGGGAUUCGCUGGGAAACCACUGCAAGAGGUGAUCGCUGAACGAAUAGUCAACAAACUCGGGAUGAGUUCGUCAUCUGGGCUCCAAAUCCCGGAAAACCCAAACAAAAUCAUCAUCCCUAUUGAGGGAGAAGUUUGGGCUACGCAGGACUUCAAUAACUGGAAAGCCACCGGCGGCUUGUUCUCGACGCCCAAUGAUCUCUCCAUCUUUCUGCGGGGUAUUUUGAAUUACGAGGUCCUUGACCGUGUCAAAACUGCCGCGUGGCUGAAACCGACUGCUUUUACUUCAUCACCAACUGGGGCGACUGGCAUGCCCUGGGCGAUUCUACGCCCAAGCAACAUUGCACGAGCAUCUGGCGCGCGGCCAUUGGAGAUCUACACCAUGCUCGGUGGUAUCCCCAAUUAUGGAGCUUACUUCGCCGUAAUACCGGAAUAUCGGAUUGGUAUUAUCGUCAACUAUGCGGGCCCUGGAGAUGAUCUUGUAUCCCGCACGGUCCUUGAUCUCGCGGUUCAGCACGUCGUCCCUGUGUUCGAUGACUUCGCACGUACACAGGCAGAGGAGAAAUACGCCGGCUCAUACGGCACUGGUGAUAAGGAAAGCGGCUCCUUACUUGUUCUAGCACUGGACGACGGCCCAGGCUUGAGAAUCACAGAGUGGACAAGCCAGGGAAAACCUGUGGUUGAAGCGUGGGUCACCCUGUUCGGCAACUCGAUUGGUAUGAUGGAUGCGCAAAUGAGGAUCUACCCUGUAGGAGAUGGUGAGCGUUGGCAGGUGGGGUUUCAUGGGAUUCCCGAAAGGAACGAAACGGGCAUUUUCAAGACUUCUUGUGAUACUUGGUUUAACUUCAACUCGUUCCGCUAUAAAGGCCUCCCAGGAGACGCGGUCAAUUUUGUGCUUGAUCAAGACGGCGUCGUGGUGGAACUGGAGGUGCCAGGUUUGAGACAAAAUCUGACGAAGGUAUAG